AUGACUCCCUAUAACUCACUGGGAGGAGCUUUAGGUACAACUUCCACCACUAUUUUAACUAAUACAAAUUCAAAUAAACCUUUCCAAUAUACUACUGCAAGUGCAGCAACUACAAAUACUUCAACAUCAUUUUCUCAUUCAAAUACUCCAAAUUCAAAUGCUUCAUCAAUAACUAAUCCUCCUCAUGCUUCUGUACCAAAUACAAAAUUUACAUUCUCAACUAAUUCUGCAUCAAAUCCAAAUCAUACUACUAGUUCAAAUAAUAAUACAAUAAGUCUAUCAUCCCUUUUAGCUAAUGAAGCUGAAAGUUUAGAAGGUUUAUGGAGAAUGUAUAAUCGUGCUAAAGAAUCUUUACCUUAUAGAGAACGUAUGGAAAAUUUAACUUGGAGAAUGAUGUUUAUUACUAAUAAUUUAAAGAAUAAUAAAUCAAUAAUUCAAACUUCUAAUAUUAAUAAUAUAAGAGAAAAUCUUGAUGCAUCUAAUGGGAAUUCUCCUAGUUUAGAUCCAGCAGCUGAUGAUUUUGAUUAUGUGGCUCAUAUUCGUAGAAUGGGUCAAUCUUCAACAACUGACAAUCUUAUUAUUAACAAACGUUCAUCAAAUUCUAAAAAUGAUACUCCUGUUAAUAGGAAAAGACCAGCAGAAUUUUCACCCUUAAUUACAAGUACAAAUAAUGUUCCACCAAUAACACUUCGAUCAAAUCUAUCGAUGUCUUUAAGUCAAGAAAAGAAUAACAACAACAACAACAACUAUAAUAAUAAUAAUAAUCAAGUUUUGAAACCAAAGAUAACUUUACCAUCUUCUCAAAGGCAAUCACCUCAAAUUGAUUUUGCUGGUCAUCAACAAUAUGAAUUUUCCUUGGAUCCUUUAGCAUUUGAAGGUCCUAAUAAUAAUUUCUAUAAUGAAAUGGAUAUUGAUAUGCAUUCUAAUCAAUUUAUUAAACAUGAAUUUAGCGAUUUUGGAACUCCUCAUGAAAGUCAACACGGAAUAUCAACAUCUUUACCUCAUUCUCAUUCAAAUAUUAGUAUUGGACCAUCAACUAUUUUGAAUCAAUAUGCUAAUGAUAAUAAUAGUACUAAUCGUUUUAAUAGCAUUUCUUCCACUGCAGCUUCACCAUCUAAUUUAAUUAGACAUGAUAGUUCAAUAGUGAGUUUACCUGAUUUUCAUCAUCAACAUCAAUUUCAUCAGCAAAGUAUUUCAGGUAGACCUGAAAUAAAUAGAUCUAUUAGUCAAUCUGCCACUAAUUUCUCAAAAUCUUAUAAUGAUGGAACUAAUGGUACUUUCCAAUUGGCUAGUCAAAAUUUUAGUAAUAAUAAUUCUAAUAGUCAAACGAGUCAAUCACCUCGUUUAGAUUUUACACCUCAAUUUGCAUCUCAACCAUUUAAUCAACUGACAUAUUUUGAUAAUGUUCAAUCAUUCCCUUCGAGUAAUAGUGGUACAUUUUAUGGAAUUGAUAAUAAUUUACCUAAUUCAUUUGUUGAUAAUAAUAAUGAUAGUGCAACAACAUUAACUUCAGGACUUAAUAGAAGUAUAAGUAAUGUUGAUUUGAAUUCAAAGAAUAAUAUUAAAAAGCCUACGGUAAAGAAAUCAAAGAAUAAUAAAUCUUCAAUAAUUCCUACCAAGACAAAGAGAACUUCAUCACCUUUAGAUAUUCCUACAACUCCUAUUGAUUCAAAUAAUAUUGUUAUACCAACUUCAAUGUCAGUACCUAAUAAUUUAAAUCAACAAACCAAUCCAAAUUCUGGAGUUUCAUGUACUAAUUGUCAUACUAAAACAACUCCACUUUGGAGAAGAAAUCCUCAAGGUCAACCAUUAUGUAAUGCAUGUGGAUUAUUUUUAAAAUUACAUGGAGUAGUACGUCCUCUUAGUUUAAAAACUGAUGUAAUUAAGAAGAGACAACGUAAUACCAAUCCAAAAAAGCCCAGUGUUAGUAGUGAUAUUAAUAAAGAUGGUGACGAUUUAAAUCCUACAUCUAUAAGUAAAGGUGAUGUUAAGAAUAUUAAUAAUUUAAUUGCUAGUGAAAGUUCUUUAAGAAAUAUUAAUGUUAAUACUGUAACUCCGCCACCACAAGGUUAUGAAGAAGAUAUUAAAGUUAAUACACCAAUUUUAUUAUCUUCCUUGUCUCCUAAUGGUGUGACUACCAUUUCAAAUACCAAUACUAAUUCUAAUACCAAUACCAAUACAAAUUCUAAUUCUUUAAAAGGGUCAGGAAAAUCACCUAUAAAUUCUAAAAGACAAGGAGGAGGAUAUAAUAAUAGGAAAGGAAAUUUAAUAAAACAGAAUGAAUCAUCUAGUAACCAUAUUAAGGGAUUUCAUUUAGAUAAUGAUGAUGAUGAAUUCAUUAAUGUAUUAAAUUCCGUAGCUUCACCAGCUUCUACUAUUCAACAACAUGGGAAUUCUGGAAUUAAAUUUGAAGACCAUCAUACUAAUGGAACAAUUGAUAGUAAUAUUCAUAGUAAUGGUAGUGAAAUUAAUGAUAAUUCCAAUACUAAUACCACUAAUAAUGGUAAUGGUACAGGCAAUGGUAAUGGUAAUGGUAAUAAUUGGGAUUGGCUCAGUAUGACAUUGUGA